AUGUCGAUAUCUUGUACAGAAAGCGGAGCUCUAUCCGCUGAUCUCCCUAACUGUGCAGAUUCUACGUCGAUAUCUUGUACAGAAAGUGGAGCUCUAUCCGCCGAUCUCCCUAACUGUGCAGUUGUGACGUGUUCCAUUCCUGACGCCUUCCCGCCACAUGUGAUCCCGAUGAACAAUGAAUGUUCGUCUGGAUCUAUCGUGGAAUAUAAUACAAUAUGUUCCUUUGCCUGUGAUACUGGAUACAGAAGUUCAGAUUCUAUGUCGAUGUCUUGUACGGAAAGUGGAGCUCUGUCCGCCGAUCUGCCAAAUUGUGAAGUUGUGACGUGUUCCAUUCCGGAUGCCUUGCCGUCACAUCUCAGUUCACUGAACAAUGGCUGUACAUCCAGUUCUACAAUAGAAUAUGGUACAACAUGUUCCUUUGCCUGUGAUACUGGAUACAGUACUUCCGAUUCUACGUCGAUAUCUUGUACAGAAAGUGGAGCUCUAUCCGAUGAUCUCCCUAACUGUGAAGUUGUAACGUGUUCCAUUCCUGAUGCCUUGCCGUCACAUCUCAGUUCACUGAACAAUGACUGUACAUCUGGAUCUACAAUAGAAUAUGAUUCGACAUGUUCGUUUGCCUGUGAUAUUGGAUACAACACUUCAGAUUCUACGUCGAUAUCUUGUACAGAAAAUGGAGCGUUGUCGACGGACCUUCCAAAUUGCACAGUUGUUACAUGUUCCCUACCUACCGACUUCCCGUCACAUCUUCGUUCAGUUGAAGACCACUGUGCUGCGGGAUCCGCCACAGACUACAGCACCACUUGUUCUUUCGCCUGUGAUACUGGGUAUAAUCUAUUUGGAUCCACCUCGUUGUCUUGCACAGAAAAUGGAGCUUUAUCCACCGAUUUGCCAAAUUGUACAAGUGUGAUGUGCGAGGUUCCAACGACUGCCGUUUCGGUAAAUACAACCUGUAGAGAGGGGUCAAGAGUCACAUACAGCACUUCCUGUGAAUUCUCAUGUACUUCUGGGGUACCGGAAAGUGGGAAUACAGCACGCUUUUGCCGCGCUGAUGGAACUUUUUCUGGCAGGGACCUUACUUGUGGAGAAGUGAUGUGCAGCAUUCCAGUCUAUUCGAGUAUGCUCUCAUCAUCACAGUGUCCUUCGGGAGGUCGCGUGGCUGUGGAUACACUGUGCCAGUUUGAGUGUGAAAGCGGCGAGGUGACCCAACCGGCAAUUAUCAGCUGUACCAGUUCAGGGCAACUGGAGGCUGGUGUUCCUCAGUGCCGAGAGACGUGUGGUUCCCAGGUCUGUGGCGAGGGCGAGUAUUGCGGAGCUAAUGUGACGUGCCUCUGUGUCAUGGGUACUCGUACAACACAAGGGAUCUGCUCGGAUCCAUGUGGAGGUAGCUGUGCUACUACUGAAAAAUGUACUAUCGAAACCGAAAGCGGAAUAUCCACCUGUAACUGCGCCCCAGGAAAGGCUAGAGAUACCGACACUAAUCAGUGCCUUGAUGCUGUAAUUAUGGAAGGAACGAUUAGAGUAUUAAAUUUCAACGGUUCCGAGGCCGUUUAUUCAGAUGCACUGGGAAACACGAGUAGCUCAGAGUUCCAGGAAAUUGCUGCACCAUUAGUAGAACAGAUAAUGUCUACCUUUUCUAUGGCUAACGUCAUCCCUGAUGACGUCACAAUAACCAGUAUUAGGAAUGGCAGCUUGAUAUUCACAUACGAGCUCCUCGUCGCGACGGAUUCUAACCCGGAAGAACUUGCCAAUGAGCUGAGCGUAUUUAUACGGCAGCACUUGGAAAGUAAUGGAGGGAUAUUCGAUUCUUCAGGGAGUACCACCUUCUUGGCGGAUUCUAAUGCAACCCUGUUACAAGUUGUGGUAAUGGACGAAUGUUCGGAUCCCGAGCUAAAUGAUUGUUCGUCAAACGCAAAUUGCAUGGACCACAACAUGGCAGGUGGAUUUACAUGUGAAUGUUUCUCGGGCUAUCGUGACCUCUUCCCCAAUGUACUUCCGGGCCGUUUCUGUUUUCCAAAUUAUUCUGAAGCUGCUAAUCCCGGUGCUGCUUUACCUAGAAACUAUGUGUACAUUGCUGUCGGGAUAGUCUUUGGGAUUGUAUUCGGGCUCAUGAUGCUGUGUUUACCUAUAGUAUGCAAACGGUCCUACGUUAGAACCAAAUGGAGGCAGACAUACGAGGAGAAAAGCGUUUACAACUCGACCAUUGCCGAAUCUCACAAUGAUUCAAUAGAUAUCGCCGUCUGA